UGACGGCUCUCCAUAUGCCUCGCCACUAUUGCGAAAUUCUCUGUCCUUGUCGUCAAUUUUCUUUCUACAAUCAUUCGACUUCCACAUGCUACGGUGGCGCUCCGAUGGUGGUUACGGCGGGAAUCAGAAUCGGAACUGGAAUCGUAUUCAUCGUGACAGUUGCGGAAUAUUUGUUUCUCUUUUGUUUUAUGCACUGCAAUGCACCUGCGUAGUCCACUGCGACUUCCUCUAUAUAGUUUUUCGUUGCUGGAUCGUUGUUUUUCUGUGUUCUGGAGAGCUCUAGAGCGCGGUGGUAAUGGCGGGAAAUGAUUGGGUGAACAGUUACUUGGAGGCGAUACUUGACGUUGGGCCUGGACUUGAUGAUGCUAAGACCUCGCUUCUGCUGAGGGAGAGAGGACACUUCAGUCCUACUCGUUACUUCGUUGAGGAGGUCAUUACCGGCUUCGAUGAAACCGAUCUCUAUCGCUCUUGGAUUCGAGCUGCGUCUACGAGGAGCCCGCAGGAGAGGAACACGAGGCUGGAGAACAUGUGUUGGAGGAUUUGGAAUUUGGCGCGAAAGAAGAAGCAGCUUGAAGGAGAAGAAGCAUAUCGUCUUGCUAAACGUCGUCUUGAACAUGAAAGAGGACGAAGAGAGGUUACUGCUUUGAUGUCAGAAGAAUUAUCAGAAGGAGAGAAAGGAGAUGUGCCCAGCGAUGUCUCAAUGCACAAUGAUAGCAUCGGAGAAAAAGUACCUAGAGUUGGUUCUGUUGACACAAUGGAAAGCUGGGCUAGUCAACACAAGGAUAAGAAACUAUAUAUUGUUUUAAUAAGCCUUCAUGGCUUGAUCCGUGGUGAAAACAUGGAACUUGGACGUGAUUCUGAUACUGGUGGCCAGGUGAAAUACGUUGUAGAACUUGCUAGAGCCUUGGGGACAAUGCCAGGAGUAUAUAGGGUUGAUUUGCUGACUAGACAAGUUUCAUCUCCUGAUGUGGAUUGGAGUUAUGGUGAGCCAACAGAGAUGCUUAAUUCAAGGAAAUAUGAUAAUUCCGAAGAUGAGCGUGGGGAGAGUGGUGGGGCUUAUAUUAUCCGAGUCCCAUUUGGGCCAAGGGACAAGUAUAUUCCAAAAGAACUUCUUUGGCCUCAUAUUCCAGAAUUUGUUGAUGGUGCUCUUAGCCAUAUUAUCCAGAUGUCCAAAGUUCUUGGUGAGCAAAUUGGAGGUGGGCAAUUAGUUUGGCCUGUGGCUAUACAUGGACAUUAUGCAGAUGCAGGUGACUCCGCAGCUCUUAUAUCUGGCGCUUUAAACGUUCCAUUGCUAUUUACUGGUCACUCACUUGGGCGGGAUAAGCUAGAACAACUUCUAAAACAAGGGCGUCAAACGAGGGAAGAAAUAAAUGAAACUUACAAAAUAAUGCGGAGGAUAGAGGCAGAGGAGCUGUGUCUUGAUGCUUCCGAAAUCAUUAUAACUAGCACCAGGCAGGAGAUUGAAGAGCAAUGGCGUCUGUAUGAUGGUUUUGAUCCAGUAAUAGAGCGGAAGCUGCGAGCAAGAAUAAAAAGAGGAGUCAGCUGUUAUGGCAGGUUUAUGCCUCGUAUGGUUGUAAUUCCUCCUGGAAUGGAGUUUCAUCAUGUUAUUCUACCAGAUGCUGAUAUGGAUGGAGAAGUUGAGAAAAAUGGUGAUGGUCGUGCUUCUUCAGACCCACCAAUUUUGGCUGAGAUUAUGCGAUUCUUUUCUAAUCCACGGAAGCCAAUGAUACUUGCACUUGCAAGGCCAGACCCAAAAAAGAAUAUCACUACUCUAGUCAAAGCAUUUGGAGAAUGCCGUCCACUGAGGGAGUUUGCAAACCUGACAUUAGUAAUGGGAAACCGUGACAAUAUUGACGAAAUGUCUGCCACAAAUGCAUCAGUUCUUCUAUCAAUUAUUAAACUAAUUGACAAAUAUGACUUGUACGGUCAAGUGGCGUACCCUAAACAUCACAAGCAGUAUGACGUUCCCAACAUUUAUCGACUAGCAGCAAAAACCAAGGGUGUUUUUAUCAAUCCUGCAUUCAUUGAGCCAUUUGGACUUACUUUGAUUGAGGCAGCAGCUCAUGGCUUGCCAACCGUUGCUACGAAAAAUGGCGGUCCUGUUGAUAUUCUUCGGGUUCUUGAUAAUGGUCUGCUGGUUGACCCUCAUGAUCAGAAGUCCAUUUCGGACGCUCUUUUAAAGCUUGUUUCAGAUAAGCAACUCUGGGCAAGGUGCAAACAGAAUGGUCUAAAAAAUAUUCACCUUUUCUCCUGGCCAGAGCAUUGCAAAACAUAUCUAUCUCGAAUAGUCAGCUGCAAACCAAGGCAGCCACAAUGGCAAGGACAUGCUGACAGAUUUGAAAACUUGAGGUCAGAUUCACCCGGGGAUUCUUUGCGAGAUAUACAGGAUAUAUCUCUCAACUUGAAGUUUUCGUUUGAUUGCGAGAAGAAUGAAGGGAGUACGACAUUGGAAAAUGUUCUAGAUCCUGAGGAGAAUGCUGUUGAUGCAAAAACAAAGUCAGAAAAUGUUAUUCUUGCGUUGUCAAAGGCUCUUUUAGGUAGCAUUCACAAGGUUGGCUCAACUGAUAAAGUGGACCAGAAUCUUGUAACUAGUAAAUUUCCUGCAGUAAGAAAAAAAGCCAUCUUUGUGGUUGCUGUGGAUUCCGAUUCAUUCUCUGAUUCACUUGAAGUCACGUUGUCAGUUGUAGAAGCAGUAGGGAAGGACAAGAAUGCAGGGUAUAUUGGUUUCAUAUUAUCGACAUCGUUGAGCAUACAUGAGGUAUACUCUCAAAUGACUUCGGGAGGUUUCAGCCCUUCAAACUUCGAUGCUUUCAUAUGUAACAGCGGAAGUGAGCUCUAUUAUCCAUCUUCAAACUCCAAUGACGAUCCUUCUGGGCUUCCGUUUGUGACUGAUGUGGAUUAUCAUUCACAUAUUGAUUACCGCUGGGGUGGAGAAGGUCUGAGAAAAACAUUGGUUCGUUGGGCUGCUUCCAUCAAUGAAAAGCAAGGGGAAGGCCAAAUUGUUUUGGAAGAUGAGUCGGGAUCAACUUCACAUUGUUUUGCAUUUGAAGUAAGAGAUCCGUCAAUGCUUCCUCCAGUCAAAGAGCUACGGAAAUUGAUGAGAAUCCAGGCUCUUCGAUGUCAUGCUUUAUAUUGUCAAAAUGGAAGGAGGCUGAAUGUCAUCCCUGUGUUGGCUUCAAGGUCCCAAGCUCUGAGAUAUCUCUACCUCCGAUGGGGAAUGGACUUGACGAAAGUGGUGGUGCUUGUGGGAGAAUGUGGGGACACAGAUUAUGAGGGAUUGAUUGGUGGAGUUCACAAAACGGUGAUAUUAAAGGGGAUCGGUUGCAAUGCUAGCAAGCUUCACAGCAGAAGCUAUCCUAUGGAACAUGUUGUGUCAUUCAGCAGCCCAAAUGUCGUCCAAGCAGAAGGCUGCAAGAUUGUUGACAUAGGAACUGCGUUGGGAAAGCUUGGUGUUCUUGAGGCUUAGAAAGUUAAGUUCUGACUCAACUAUUGCUUUUUUAAUGUAUGUGCCAAACAAUUUCUACACUAUUUUGCUACUAGAUCAGUGUCUGCAGCUCUUGUUGCGUGGAUAUUUUUGUUGCUGAAUUAAUAACUUUCUCCAGAAUUUGUGAUCUUCUUGGAGAUUAUUCUUCACUCCAUUAUGAUGAGAGUGAUAAACUAUACAUGUUUGCAUGAUGUUUUAUGAUUUGAAUAAUUCAUGAAUGAAUUUUUGCAAUUUCAGUUGGUUGCUACAUUGUUAUAUAUAUCAUUAUUCUUGGCACUAUUUACAUCUUUUUCUUGCUCUGAAGAUCUCUUACCUCUUGUUUGAUAACCAGUGUGUGCUUUGUUUUUGUUUUUUUUAAAUACCUUUUUAACCGGUGAUCGGAGGGGCGUUGGCCACCCCGAGGACGGUGGAGUGAUGCUCCUCAAUGGUGGCAAGCCGGUGGGGAUCCUCAGUAGGACUGUCUGUAGAUUGAUCCGAAAUAUUAGCAAUGCAGGCCAACCGAGCAUUGUGGCUCCAAGCAUGAGCUUCCACAAUGUUGCAAUGGAGGUCAUCCAGUGCAUCAGAUAUCUCAGAGAAGAGACCGGGCUGAGUCCACUCUACAUGUACGAGUUAUCUAUCUACAGCAUUUUAGGAUGGAACCAUUUCAAGGGAUUCCUACAAGGGGAAAAAAAAAUCUACUAUGCUAGGGAUUCUUCUGUUUUGUUUGUUCUCAACUCGGAAUAAUCUGCCAAUUCGAUUUUUUUUUUCUA